AUGUCGCCGCCACCCGCAGAGGUCAUCCAAGCCUUUGGCCUCCAAGGCCAGCCUGAGCCCGUCGCUGGUGGGCGCGGGCUAUGCUACCUCGUCGACGGGAUAGUCUUCAAGCCCUCGGAUGGCGACGCAGAAGCCCAGUGGGUCUCCGAGCUCGCCAUGAAGCUGCUGGACCGGUCCCCUUCAGCCUACCGGCUCUCCAGACCGCAGUCGGUCCAGGGCCAACCAGGCACGUUCGUCUGGCGCGGCUGGACCGCGUCGUCCUUCGUCUCCGGCACUGCCGUCGGCAAGCAGCCGCCGGGGUCGUCCACCGGCCCCUUCGAGAGCAUCUUCCGCGCGAGCCGCGCCUUCCACGCCGACGUCGCCGAGCUCGUCCCCGAGCGGCCGCCCGCCAUCACGCCGGGUCAGGCGAACCGGUGGCGCGAGGCCGACAGCGUGACAUGGGACGAGAAGGCGCUGGGGCAGGUCGAAAACAUCGACGCCGGCGUCCUGGCGCGCUUCCAGCCCCUCCUGGACAGGCUGGCCGCCGCCAAGAGGCCGCUGGACGACGACUGCGAGGCGCAGCUGGUCCACGCGGACCUGACGGGGAACGUGCUGCUCGCGCCCGGCGUGGCGCCAGCCAUCAUCGACCUGACGCCGUUCUGGAGGCCGGCGGCGUACGCCGAGGCGGUCGUCGUCGCGGACGGGCUCGCGUGGUGUGGCGGCGGGCGCGAGCUGGUUGCGCUAUAUGGCACCGAUGGGGUGAGGGCGCAGUUGCUGGUCAGGGCUAUGUAUUGGCGGUGUCUUACCUUCGCUAUCGACCCGGAUCUGGGAUGGGUCGAGGCCAAUCUCCCGAGGGCGGAUUAUGUGGGUGCGGUGCAGGUUAUGUUCGAUGUCUUGGGGCUUGAGGGGCCAAGUUAG